UGUAAGAUACUUUAACCAAUAGAGCAAAUAAUGUUAUGUUAAUGACAAAAUAAAAAAAAUGUUUCCAAAAAAAGAUCCUAUGAGUAGAUAUCUUUAUGGGACAAAUGGAUGUGGAGGACGAAAGAGACUCGUUGUGACUUAUGAGUUGUGUAUAAGAACCUAAAAGGAGUCUUUGUUUCACCCUUUCUUUCCUCCCUACAAAAAGUCUCUAAUCAGCCUUCUUUUUCAACGGGCAUAUGACGGAUAGCAAAGAAACCCCGGACUGGGUACAAUUCUAUCAGCGCAACGUACAACCCCAAAGCACCGUUUUCGGCACGGCGGCAGCCGCCACCGCCAGCUCACCUCCUCCGUCCUCCCACGGGCAGCUCGGCAUUAGCCCCGAGGGCCGGGUGGCCAAGCCGGCCCGGCGGAGGCCGAGGGCGUCCCGCAGGACUCCCACCACGGUUUUCAACACGGACGCGUCGAACUUCCUGGCCAUGGUCCAGCAGUUCACCGGCGGCGGCCUCGCCCUGCUGCCGCCGCCGUCCCCGUUCUCGAUAUCCGCCGCGGCCGGGUUAGGGUUCCGCUUCGGGCCGCAGCUGCAGCUAGAAAAUCUCGCUUUCCCGGCGAGGUCAUCGUCGUCGCCGGCAAGUAAUAAUUAUAGCAUGAUGUUCGAGCAGCACCAGCCGUCGCCGUGCGCGUCGCUGAUGACGAGUGCUAAUUACGGCGGCGGCGGCCAUGAACAGCAUUUUUUGGGUAGAGCGUCAUUUCCGCCGCCGCCGCCGAACCACCACGGAGGAUCUUCUUCUGGGGACGAUCAGAAUAGGAGUGAAACGAAUUACAUGCUUUGAUUUUUGCAUGUGAAUCUUCAUAAGUAUUCUUAUACUCCGUAUUUUUCAUUCUCUUUUAAUAAUCUUCAUGUUUUAUUACACUCUCACUAGUACACUAAUUCAUUGAAGUAAUUUUUAUUGGUCAAAAAUCCAUCCCAUCAAUAAAUGACAUCUUUCUUUUUUUGGUUAUUCUUCAAAAAGAAAUACUCCCUCCCAUGUGACCCGUUACCCUCAUCAUUUCAAAAUUUACAUGGUUGCCGUUUGUUAUUUUAAUAUUCUUACGUCAAUGCUUUUAUAGGCUAAAAUACUCUUCAAAUAUUAAAUGAAUAGCGACACUGUUC